GCUGCCAAUGAUUUGGUUGUCAUCACACCACCGCCAGAAACGACGAAAACAAAAAGUCAAAAAUUAAGAAUAAAAAUCGAUCGAAAAAUGGCGGCAAAAUGCGUAAACGUUCCACUAGUAGUAGUGCUAGUAAACAAUCGACUACGAGUCCAACAACAAAAUCCUCAUCAUCAGCCAUUCUCAAUGACAACGAUGUCGAUAUGAUGAUGAUCAUUCAUCGUGAUGAUGGUGAUGAUAACGACAGUACAGCCAUGAUCAAACGUGAUCAUCGUCGUGGUUCGGUACCGAAUCUUUAUCAACACGGUAAUGGUCACCGAAACCAAACAAAUCAUCAUCGUUAUCAUCAUAUGGCAUCACAGUUAUCGUCAUCACAUGCCACUUCUGAAUUUCAUGAUGCUCGUCGUCGAUCGCCUUGUAAAUGUCAACACUAUCAACAUUCACAUCAUCAUCAUCAUCAUUCACAUCAGCAUCAGCAUCAUUAUCACCAUCGUAAUCGGAACAAGAAAGAAAUGGAUCGAUCCAGCUGUUCAAGUGUAUUGAGUACGAAUCGUAAUCGUUAUGCACGUCGUGCAUCAUCAAUGAUAUCUGUGGGUUCAUGUCGUCGUUGCUGUCCAAAGGCCUGUACACGACCCUUAUGUCAAACAUGGAAACGUAUUCGUCGAAUAUUGCAGAACAUUGUGAAACAUAAUUAUUUCCAACAAGCAAUUUUUCUUGCCAUUCUGCUGAAUACGUUUUCAAUGGGUAUCGAAUACCACAAUCAACCGGAAUCAUUGUCGCAUGCGGUUGAAAUAAGCAACAUUAUAUUCACCAUCGUAUUCUGUAUCGAAAUGGUGCUCAAAUUAUUGGCCGACGGUUUCUACGAAUACAUCAAAAGCGGUUUCAAUGUAUUUGAUGGUUGUAUUGUCAUCCUUUCACUGCUCGAAUUGCUUGAAGAACAUGGUUCUGGCCUAUCCGUAUUGCGUACGUUUCGUUUGCUGAGAAUUCUGAAACUUGUACGUUUUAUGCCUGCAUUACGGCGACAAUUGGUCAUCAUGUUACGUACGAUCGAUAAUGUGGCCGUAUUUUUUGCCUUGCUCAUGUUAUUCAUCUUUAUAUUCAGCAUACUUGGCAUGAAUCUGUUUGGUUGUAAAUUCUGUGACCGUAAUCCAAUCGAUCAAACAUUAGAAUGUGAUAGGAAAAAUUUCGAUUCACUGCUAUGGGCAUUGGUCACCGUAUUUCAGAUACUGACCCAAGAAGAUUGGAAUGUCGUACUAUUCAACGGUAUGGAACGUGCAUCACCAUAUGCUGCCCUUUAUUUUGUCGCUUUAAUGACAUUCGGGAAUUAUGUCCUAUUCAAUCUUCUGGUCGCCAUUCUCGUUGAAGGUUUCAGUCAGGAGGACGAAUUGAAACGAUCGAUAUCAAGUUCAAACGAUAAAGUCGAACAAAUCAAACAGGAACGUUUAAUUUAUUUCUAUAGCCACAAUGAUGACCUGGAGAGAGAAAUCCAAACACUUGAGAACCCACCAAAUCGUAUUGAUGAUCUAUUGGUUUAUCAUGCGAAAAAAAGUCUUUCAAAUCAAGGUUCUUCCAUUGGCAUGAAUCGAAAUCCAUCCACAUCGGUCACUGCUGCAAAUAAUGAUUUAAUCAAUACUAAUGAUGAAAAAAUUUUGCCCGAAAUAUCGAUCGGUACGAUAGCCACAUCAUCAUCGACAAAUGUUGGAAAUAAGAAUGUUGUACGAAUUAGUCAUGAUCAUGAUACAGCAGCAGCAAUGCCAACACCGACUGGACUGAUUCCACCACCAUUGAUUACACGUACAGCAGCUACACCACAAGGAUCACCACCGACAAGUAUUAGUGAUGGAUUUUUCCCACCAUUUCCAUCAUCAAUUCCAACGAUGAUUAAAUCACCAACCACACCGAUUGAUAUGAUGGUGGUCGAUCCAUCAUCGUCAUCAUCCUCAUCAUCAUCACCAUCAUCUCUAUUAAUCGAUGAUCAACAACAACAACAACAACAACAUCAUCAAUCAAUGCUUAUCGUUAGCUAUAAAGAUGGUGAAUCCCAUUCGCCCACAACAUCGGUACUGCCAACCCAGUCGAUGCUUUCACCAAGUCAUUCGAUUGGAUUCCAGCCACCACCACCACCACCAUCGGUCGAUAUUUCGUCAUCAGUUUCAUGUGAUGGUCGUAUGAGGUCUGGAUCUGUCAAAAAUGUAUUGGGAUUUGGUAAUCUGCAGAUUAUUCGCAGCAAAAGUCAUGAUGGAAACAAUGAGGAAUCAAUGAAACGGCCGAAAACAAUUCGACAACUUUCGACCACCGUCUACAGCAGUUCUGUUCAUCAACAUGGCUUUCCAUUACGUAAAGAGCUUAGCUGUAAUCAAAUCAAAAAUCUUGGCCUGGAUUCUGAACAAUCGACAAUGAUAGUGAAACCGGUGACAAAACGUCCCGUAACGGCUAAACAACGUCGGAAAAGUUUCUUUCAAUUUCGUCAACGUUCAUCACAGGGAUCCAUGACGAACGAUCAGAAAAAUAUAGCUUCAUCUACUAGCAUUGUGGGAGAAGAUUCUUUCUGUCCAAUUUAUGCCAAAAAGAAUAUCGUAUUACGACGAAAAAGUUUGGCUGCCGAUUUGUUGUUGCGUUCAAAAUCGGUUGCACAUGAUGAUUAUUAUUAUGGUGAUUAUGGUGAUCCCGGUGAUAAUGAUGAAAAGUCAUCAAAACAACAGCAAUCGAUGAGAUCGGAUAGUCAUCAUCAUCCAUCCAUAUCGAUAUCAUCAAAUAUGUCAACCGAUGGUGAUCAUCGUAAAAAUAGUUUAAUACAUGAAGUUCGUGUGCUUAGCCCAAGAAAUUCAUUGAAAGGAGUAUUCUAUUCGUCCAGUGUCAUUUCGAUUCGUAAUUCAAAUUCAAAUGAACUAUAUGGUGGUGGUGGUGCCUGCUUUGAUGAAAUGCUUACGUUGGGCAAAAAAUCUGAUAGUUUUGUUGUGAAUCAGCCGUCAUCAUCUAUCACAGCAGCAGCAACAGCAAUAGAAACCGAAACAGCCCAAGCAACGUCAACAACAAAAGCAUCUGAAUUGAAUGAAAAAAUACAAAAAUUCUGCAUCUAUUUCAAAUGGACUUCGUGGAUGACAGUACGGGAAGAAUAUUCACUGUUCAUAUUUUCGCCAACAAAUCGUUUCCGUCGUUAUUGUGUUUGGCUUGCUGAUCAUCCUUAUUUUGAUUACAUUGUUCUCAUAUUCAUUUCCAUGAAUUGCAUAACGUUGGCAAUGGAACGGCCCAAAAUUCCUCCGCAUAGUAAGGAACGCGAAUUCCUUACCAUUGCCAAUUUCGUCUUUACACUCGUAUUCGGCAUUGAAAUGUUGAUCAAAGUGAUUGCGAAAGGCUUAUUCUAUGGCCAGAAUGCCUAUUUCCAUAAUGGCUGGAAUAUAAUGGACGGUUCAUUGGUCGGUAUAUCAUUGUUUGAUAUAUUUCUUUCGUUUUUUGCUCAACGUAGUCCACGUAUAUUUGGUAUACUUCGCGUAUUUCGUUUACUACGAUCAUUACGGCCAUUACGUGUCAUUAAUCGUGCGCCGGGAUUGAAAUUGGUUGUCCAAACAUUGUUAUCAUCACUGCGUCCUAUCGGAAACAUAGUGCUCAUUUGUUGUACAUUUUUCAUCAUAUUCGGCAUACUUGGCGUUCAGCUAUUCAAAGGAAGCUUUUAUUAUUGUGACGGGCCUAAAGCGAAACACGUUCGUAACAAGACUGAAUGUCUUUCCGAUCCGCGUAACACAUGGAUCAAUAGAAAGUAUAAUUUCGACAACCUAGGUCAGGCACUAAUGUCAUUGUUUGUAUUAUCAUCGAAAGACGGAUGGGUAAACAUCAUGUACACCGGACUCGAUGCAGUCGGCGUGGAUCAACAACCAAUCGAGAAUUAUAACGAAUGGCGUCUAUUGUAUUUCAUUUCGUUCCUGUUAUUGGUUGCCUUUUUUGUUCUCAACAUGUUUGUCGGUGUUGUUGUCGAGAAUUUUCACCGAUGCCGCCAGGAACAAGAACAAGAGGAAAAGGCAUUUCGAGCGAUGAAACGUGCCCAAAAAAUGGAAAAACGACGUAAAAAAAUGCGUGAACCACCGUAUUUUAUUGGCUAUGGACGAUUCCGUCUAAACAUUCAUCGCAUUGUGACGGGCAAAUAUUUUGAUCUGGUAAUAGCAUUGGUGAUCGGAUUGAAUGUUAUCACGAUGUCUCUGGAACAUUAUAUGAUGCCUAUGGAGCUGGUAUAUGCAUUGAAACUAUUCAAUUUCAUUUUCACCACUGUGUUCAUUGUUGAAGCAAUAAUGAAAGCGGUUGCAUUAGGUUUACGACGAUAUCUAAAGGAUAAAUGGAAUCAAUUGGAUGUCAUCAUUGUCUCAUUGUCGAUAAUGGGCAUCAUAUUGGAAGAAAUGGAAUCCACCCUCAUACCGAUCAAUCCGACCAUCAUACGUGUUAUGCGUGUGGCUAGAAUUGCUCGUGUGCUCAAACUAUUGAAAAUGGCCAAAGGAAUACGACAAUUAUUGGAUACGGUGAUGCAGGCAUUGCCGCAAGUGGGCAAUCUAGGCCUCUUGUUUUUUCUAUUAUUUUUCAUAUUUGCUGCACUUGGUACCGAAUUAUUUGGCCGUUUAGAAUGUGAUGAAGAACAUCCAUGUCAAGGUCUUGGGGAACAUGCUCAUUUCCAGAAUUUUGGUAUGGCAUUCUUGACAUUGUUUCGUGUGGCCACCGGCGAUAACUGGAAUGGCAUCAUGAAGGAUACGUUACGUGAUAAAUGUGAUUCAUCCAGUGAUUGUUUACGAAAUUGCUGCAUUUCACCGGUAAUUGCACCACUUUAUUUUGUCGUAUUCGUAUUGAUGGCGCAAUUCGUAUUGGUCAAUGUUGUGGUUGCUGUACUGAUGAAACAUCUGGAAGAAUCACACCAUCAAAUGGAUGAAGAUGAAGAUUUUGAAAUUGACCAGGAAAUUGCUCGUGAAAUUGAAGCCGAACGUCGUGCGUUGGCUGAAGCAAUCGAACGACGACAACGAGAGAAAAAUCUGAAAGUACGACGUCCACUGCUGAAAAUGGCGUCCUUGCCAUCGAAUUUUACGUUCACAUUCGCUGGCCCAGUAACACCGUUAACACCGCCAUAUGUAAUAAACACUGAACAAAACAAACAAAACCCAAAUUCAAAGAAUCGUUCGUUGAGGAAAAAAAAGAAACCAUUUCAUCAUCAUCAUCAUAAUUCAUCAAUAUCGUUGAAUGAUGAACCACCAAAAUCGGCGACCAUCCUAAACAGUGGUGGCAAUUAUUUCAAUUUUCCAUGCCAACAAUCAACGGAUAAACUGACGAAAUUGAAUGGAAUUUUGAAAAAAUCACAUAGUCUCAGAGUGGCUAAAACAGCAGCAGAUCGAUAUCGAAUACAAACGAAUAGUAAUCAUAAUUGUGGUGAACAAAAAGCUUUGCUAGUCAAAAUGGCCAAAUUCGAUCAUGAUGAUGAGAAUGGGGUAGGAAAUUGCGAUCGUUAUUGGCCCAGUUCGAGAUCAAUGACGGACAAUUUUAAUUACCAUUAUUGUUCGUUGAAUAAAUCAUCUAAUGCCAUAGAUGAACCAUCACGAUCAUUGCAAUUAUCAAAUGAUAAUGAUGAUUUUCAGUCGUCUCGAAUCAUUGAUUUGACUGAUCAUCAUCAUCAUCAUGAUCAUGAACAAUCAUCAAUCAUGCAAAGUCCACCCGUUAUGAUCAAGAUUGACGACUAUUAUCGGGCAAGCAAUGAUGAUGAUAAAAAUCAAACGAAUCGAAUUAAAUGCAAUGAAAAUUCGAUUCAUCAAAAAUCGGAAAUUGUGAUCGAUCAUGCUAGUGGUAGUGGUGGUGGUGGCCUACAUCAUCUUGGUGGUGAUUUACUGACCACCACGGUUGCAACAACGACGAUUGCAUCGCCAUCUAGAAAUGUUUCAACAAAAUAUCGGAAAUUGAGUGACUUUCUUGAUGAAGAAUCCGGUCCAUUAAGUCCGGCAUUGUUUGGCACAUAUCCUGAAUUGUUCAAUUCAGAUGCAGCCAAUACCUACAAUGAUUACAAUGAAGAUGACGAUCUCAAUGAAGAUGAUGAUCAGCAACCGAAACGGAACAAUGAGGAAAAUACAAGUCUUGCCUCGAUUGAAAGUUGGCCAUCCGGCGAUCCUGAAGAUGAUUGAUCAAACUACCUGUCAAAUUGUCAAUGUCUUGUCAGAUUGAUCAUGUUGAGUCUAUUUUUCUCUUGUUGGAUGAUGUUCUGUUAUUGUUGUGUGUGUAUAAUUUUGUUUCUGUUUCUGUUAUUGG